AGAACUUGUUGUAUAUAAAUACUCUUUGUAUAAUUAUACAACGAAAGAGUGGAAAAAAAAAAGAUAUUUUUUGGAGAGAAUAUAAUGAAUAUAACACAAUGGUCUGAUCUUCCCAAUGACCUAUUAGAGAUCAUCAUCAUCAAUCUCCACACCAAAACAGACCUUACCAGAUUCAGCUCAGUCUGCAAAACAUGGAGACUCUCAGCUCUUCCUUACAAAAACAGAAUCAUUUUACCAUCCAAAGUUUCUUUCUUGGAUCCUCUUCAUAUCAGAGAAUCCUCUCCUCUACUCCUCACUGAGUCUACAGUGUACCUUCUCUCUUCCAAUCUAUGGUGUUGGAUAGUCAAGAUUAAAGAAAGUCAACAACUUGGUCAACACCACCAGAUGAUAAACCCUCUCUCACCAUUCCAAGUUCACCCUUUGCCUCACUUGCUCCCCAAAGUACUAAACUUGUUACAAUUCCAAGUCUUUGAGUUGACCAAGUCUUACACUCUCCAAUACUCUAAUAAUCUCAACCACUGUCACUACAAAGUGGCUUUGGAUCCAAAUCUUGAUUGCCCAUCUUUGAUGAUCGUGGCAGGUGGGGUUUUAUGGCACUUGAAACUAUCCCAAGAUAAGUGGAGUACUAUAGAUGACAUGGAAUCUCAACUCUCAUACCAAGAUGUUAUUUAUUGCAGAGGAAAGUUCUUUGCUGUUGAUGAGUUUGGGAGAGCUGUGGUAGUUGAUUCUUCUACUUUGAAUGUCACUGAAAUUGCUUCUGUGAUUUCUGAUGGGAAUGGUGACAAGAAGAAUUUAGUGGAGUUUAAUGGGGAGCUUCUUUUGGUGGAUAAAUGUAGAAGUGUUAAGGUGGAAAAAUUCAAACUUUACAAGCUGAAUAUGGAGAAGAAAAGAUGGGUUGAGAUAGAAAGUUUAGGUGAUCAAAUAUUGUUCUUGGGUGAAGAUUGCUCAUACAUUACAUCUGCUAAGAAUUUUAGUGGGUGUAGAGGGAAUUGCAUAAUCUAUAGUGAUUCAGAGUUCAAAGUUUACAACUUGGAUGACCGGAGGUUUGUACCGAUGAAUCAACAGCCGGAAUACAUUAACAUCUUCAAUCCAUUUCAGCCUCCUUCUCUGCCACACUAUGGACACAACUAUGAUUAGCUAUUUUAGAUGCUGAAAAGGAAAUUGUUUGAUGAAAUUAUUGGAGACAAGAGAGUAACAUUAUGUAGAAACAAAACAACAACAACAACAAUAGAAGAAGAAGAUUUUUACAAACUUGUUUUGGAUAACAUCAAAAGCUGAAUUUCCUUAGUCCAAGAGGGGUAGUUCAAGUGCUCAGUCAGUUCGUGGUUUUGCUCCCACGAAGACCGAGCUUCGAGUCCCUUUCGAACAUCUAACAUCAAAUGCUCAGUAAGUGAACUUGAGCUACUGAACAUCAAGUGCUCAGAAGCUGAAGUUCACCCUUAAAAAUAGAUUACUAUCUUAAGGGUAAUUUGAGGCCAAAUUCCCUUAUAUUUUCAUUUUUAUAAAGUUAACCCCAUCAUUCUUGUUUUGGGUGGUAAUUAAAUAUUUGCCAAUUUCGUUUCA